AUGUUGGACGAUUCAAAAGUUCCAACUCAAACUCAUCAAGUGACUACAGAUGCAAACGGAAACACUCUACCUCAACAACAGAGUGACCCUCCUUUAGACAUAUACCUCCUUCAACAACAAUAUAAUCCAGCUCUCGACCAAGAACUUUUCCAAAUUCAGCCCAGCGCCAUUCCAGCAAAUUUAGUACAAUAUAAUUCUCAACCUUAUUUUUAUUUAACGAAUAAUGGAGUUACAACACCCCUUUAUAAUGUGCAACAGCAGCACCCUCCACGAGCUUACAAGAAUGAAUAUAAAUCAAACGAAAAUCCUUUUAAAAAAGAAGACGAGCAAGAACACGAGGUACUAACCACAUCACUUGUUAAAGUAUUCAAAGAUCACAACUGUUCACAAGACGAUACUACUUCAGAUGCAGUUGUGAAAGAAAUCGAACAUGAUACAAGCAAACCUAAUAAACUUUCAACUGAACUAUCAAAUUAUGAAGUGCGAAAUAUAAAUGGUAAUUUUGGUGAAAAGGACACUACUCCAAGAGCUCUUACUUAUAGAGGGGCAGUGCAUUUUAGAGUAGAACAACCCCGAGGGAAUGCACGAAGUGAAAGAUUUUACUACACUACAAUAUCUCCUUCGAUACAAACAUCUACAAAUAAUAAUGAAUAUUACAAAGACGAAGGCAUAACUAAACUAGUAGAAUCUACACAAGAUCUCGUAUCAAAUGAAGAUUUGUUGAGAAUAAAUCACGCUGCUGAACAGCAUGUCAAUAUAAACACAGAAGAUUUGAUCAAACCCCGGUCCAGAUUCAGUUUGAAAAGCGAACAGUCCAGAUAUAGCUCUAGUUAUAAUUGGCCAAGAAAUAAAUUUACAGUGAAAGCAAAGAUAGGCAAAAUAGUAGAUUCUGAAAGUAGGAACAUUGAAAAUGGAAGAAAACAACAUGCUUUGCAAACAAAUCCUAAGGAAUAUAAAUUUGUCACACCGAUAGUAGUGGCGGAUACAAGUGACAAUAAUUAUAAAGAACAAAUUGUAAAUAAUUUAGUAUCUACAAUGGUCCCAUAUAUUGCAGAUGGUUAUGAAAUAGUAGGCGUUAAAAAUACUUUUCAAGAUGAAAAACAGGAGAUUGAAAAUGAUGCAAAUCAAUACAAAUCUGUUGAUGUUACUCCCAGACCUAUCGGGCAGAAAUAUUUAGCACCUAUUACUGUUGCACUUAGACUUUUGAAUGCAAAUGACACUGAAACUUUAAACUCAGUUGAAGAUCAUGAAGCUUCAGACAGUGAACAUAUACCAAAAAGAGUACAGAGACCUAAACAAGAGAAAACUAUUGUUGAAAUCCAAGAGUCUAUUCCAGUUUCAAUAACACACAUUAACGACGUCGAAGUACACGAGUACUUAGACGAAGGAAGAAGUAAUGAGAAAGGUCCAUUUGACAUCGCAAAAUCUCUCUUUAACCGAUAUGUAGACGCUAUAGAGUCUUCUAAGAAGAUUCAAAAGAAUAUGAACGACAUACUAUACAAAUAUGGAACAAUGAACAAUUACGAAAGUAAAAAUGGUGAUGGAAGGAAUGAUGAUGACGAACAAAAUAAUCUCCAACAAGAUAACAAUAAUGAAGAAGAUAAUUUAGACUCAAGUGAAAAUAUGCAAUCACACGUACAAAUUAGACCAAAUGAUGACACCGACAAUCAAAGAAGUGAACUAGUCGACUAUUACAAUGAAUACGACAGUAAAAAAAUUAUUCAACCUAUAGUUAUUGAAAAGCAGGUGCCGAUUACUCAAUUUGUAGACCGUUUCAUCGAAAAACAGGUACCUUAUCCAGAGCCAGUCGAGGUAGUGAAAACAGUCCCUGUAGAUAGGCCUGUCCCUAUUCCUGUCCCUUAUGAGAAAAUCGUCGAAAAACCUGUGGAAGUAACGAGAUAUGUAGAUAAACCAUAUCCAGUAGAAAUUCAUCAUCCGUAUCCGGUAGGUGUGCCCUAUCCAGUGGAACAAAAAGUGUUCGUAGACCGUCCUGUACACGUGCCGUAUCCAAUAGAGAAACUUGUCGAAAAACAAGUAAUACAGACCGUGCCAGUGCCGACACCAGUAGCUGUACCCGUCGAAGUACCAGUGCCGGUUGAACAGAAAGUAUUAUAUCCAGUUCCAAUAGAAACCCCUGUGGCUGUACCUAUUGAAGUCGAAAAACCUGUACCAGUAGAAAGGGUUGUGCACAAAGAGGUACCAGUACCAUAUCCUGUCGAAAAACGAGUACCGUACCCAGUCCCAUACGAGACCAGGGUACCAGUACCGUACGCAGUCGAAAAAAAGGUCCCGGUUACAGUCGAAAAAAUUGUCGAGAAACCAGUAACUGUUACUAAAUAUGUAGACAGGCCGGUUCACAUUCAAGUACCGGUACCGCAACCAGUCCCCGUACCUAUUCAUGUAAGAGAACCUUAUCCAGUCGAUAGAAUCGUAGAAAAAAAGGUUCCUUACCCAGUCCCGGUGGAUAGAAUCGUAGAAAAGAAAGUGCCCGUUAAAGUACCUUAUCCAGUACAAACUGUUGUGGAAAAAAUAGUGGAGAAACCAGUGGUCGUCACGAAAUACGUGGACAAACCAUAUCCAGUUGAGAAAAGAGUGCCCUACCCAGUUCAAGUUCCAUACGAAGUAAAAGUGCCUUAUCCAGUUGAAAGAAUAGUGGAGAAGCCAGUUCAUAUACCAGUGCGAGUGCCAUACCCAGUGGAGAAAAUAAUCGAGAAACCUUUUGCCGUGUAUUCGUAUGGUUAUAGCCACAACACACAGCAACAACAACAAUCCCAAAUUGCGCCACAAUAUAUAAAAUACGACAACGUGGACAAUCAGAAAGGUUUAAAUCAUAAUCAAGCGCAGAAAAACAUUCUACAUGCAACACAAUCUCAAAUUCAGCAUUUAAGAGAAAACCUUAAACAGCCAGUGCAGAGUACGCAUUGGGGAAACCAGUACGCAUCUUCGUACCAAUAUGUUAAUACAAGUCAGCAAGCAAAGGACUUCAACUUCAAAAGAAAUCUAGUCGACUACAUAAAUUACAUGACUAAUGCACAGUCAAAUAAUUAUCACGGACCACCUCCUAUGGCAAAUUAUGAUGAUUGGUGGCAAAAAAACAAAGACUACGUUGUUGAAAUGAAGGUUAGACGUACAGACAGGACUCCUAAAGUAACCAAGCUGAGGAUAGAGUACGGAGGUUUUAAGCCACCUUUAAUACCCAGCACUGAGGUAGACCUAGAUGGUCUACCGAUAAACAAAAGUAAGAAUCAAUCGUAAAUUUUUAAGGACGUACUAAAUUUAA